ACAAUGAUGACGUUUACGUUUGACGACCCGACCGUCGUGCAUUCGUAUAUUUCUUAAACAUCCGUGAAUAUUUACACGUUGUAGGUGUAUUGUUGGCAUUAAAAUAUUAACAAUGGUUGUUGAGGAGCCAAGUCCAAAUAAUGUAGAGGCUGUGGAGAAAAGUGACAGCAGCACUCUGGUGCCAGAACCAGUGAAAAUCUUCACAGUUGAAAUCCUGCAUAUGAUCAAGGACGCCCAGCAACAACAUGGUCUCCGACACGGCGAUUAUCAACGAUAUCGUGGAUACUGCACACGCCGCAUUCGACGUCUACGCAAGGCUUUGAAGUAUCCCCAGGGCGACAAACGUCACUUUAAGCGUCGCGAUGUAACAUUAUCCCAACUGACAGGGAAAAAAGCAGACGAGCGGUUCAUACACAUACCGCUGAUAAGUGCGGAGCGUGCCUGGGCCUAUGCUAUGCAGCUGAAACAAGAGGCCAACACGGAGCCGCGAAAGCGCUUUCAUUUGGUAAACAAGCUGCGUCGCGCCUGCUUCUACGCUCUUCAGUUACAGGAGCUGUGCAAUACGGAAGCGUUCGAUGCGCGCACAAAACUUGAGUGCGAGGCAUAUGUGGCCUGGAUGCAUGGUACAUUGCACUUUGAGCUGCAGCUAUGGAAGUCGGCUGGUGAGCAUUUAAAGAGAGCCCAGGUGGUGUACGAGAACCUGGCGAAAGCGCUGCCUGACGACGAUCAGGAGCUGUAUCGUGCCAAGGUGAAUGAGUUUACUCCCAACUUGCGCUAUUGUGCGUAUAACAUUAGCGGUGGUGCCAGCGGCGGCAAGAUCGAUGAAAUCCUAGAGCUGCGAGCUCAGGGCGUGUUGGAGAACUUGGAUGUGCUGGUUAGCCAGACGAAAUCGGAGAGCAGCGAGGGACUCCAGACGAUCGAUUGGCGUAGCCGCAAGGUCACCGUCCGUCCCGAAAAGGUACGCCUAUUCUUGCUUAGCGCCCAGGAGCUGGACAAAGCACUGGCCAAGACAACGAAACAGGAUGCCAAGAUUGAGUUGAUUGAACGCAUAUUAAUGGAUUGCAAGGAUGCCAUACAGGCAGUGCGGGAUGAGAUUAAACAGGAUCCCAAGCUGCGGUCGCUGACCACAGGUCAAACUGUUUCGGGCGUGCAAUACUUGCUGGCAUAUUUGAGUUACAUACGCCACAGCCGUACUCUGCAGCGCAAUUUGUGCUUGGUUGAUCAGGCCAAGCUGAACUUCGAUGAUCCCAAUCAGCAGCAGGGGCAAGCUCAAACCGAAGGCAAACGCGUACGGCCACAGGAUUUGGCGCGUCUGUACGAGAUCAUCUUACAGAAUGUUACCGAAAUGCAGCAAAUCAGCGGCAUGGAGGAGGAUACUCAGUAUCAGAGCGAGGUGGCCAACCUAGCGCUCACUUUUAAGGCGUUCCGCUGCUAUUACAUUGCGCUCACUCUGAUCGAUAUGAAGAAGUGGAAGGAGGCAGUGGCGCUGUACGAGCGCGCGUCGAACUACGCCAACGAUGCGCUCAAGGGCAAAUCCUGCGCUGAAUUCGAUUUGCAAUCGGAGCUCAAGAAAAUUGUUGCCUCAAUCGAUGGUAGCAAGUUUUCGGCUCUUGCAUAUAGUGUGCUGGAAGAUGACAAUAGCGAGGAUGCGAGUGGAGUCUCCACCAAAUCGCAGAAGACAACGAAGCCGCUGUACGAACGUCUCUCGCAAUAUAAGGAGGAUCAAUCGCUGCAUACCCGGUCGCCUAAUGUGUUCAAGCUGACGCCCGACAUGGAGCCCAUACCCUGCAAGCCCCUGUUCUUCGAUCUGGCCAUGAACUACUUGGAACUACCAUCCCUGGAGGAUAAGCUCGAAUCGCCCGGAAAGAAGGGCGCCUCCAUCACGGGCUUUGUCAAGGGCUUCCUUGGCUGGGGCGGAGGUGGCAAUAAAUGAGACAUUGACUCGUUUGAAUAAUCAGAAGUCUAGGACCCCUGCUGAAAUUCCAUGUUUGCUUUUAUAGGAACGUGCAACAAGCUUGUGCGUUCAUCUGUUUUUUUCUUUUAGAUCAUGGCUUUUUUAUUAUAAUUACCAACGACCAGCCAACACAGAACACUUAUCAACAAAAUUCGUUUAAGCUACAAUAGUGAGGAAUCAUUGGUAAUAAAGGAAGCAACAAAUGCU